GAAUAUGACCGGUCGCAUAUAUGAUCCUCGUGCUCCCUCAGUAGGGUUUGUGUUUUCUCGAGCGACGCCUUUCAGAACUCUUGAGGAGUGACACUCACGAACGUCUGCGAUCAUGGAGUGGAAACCGAUGGAAAUAAACCCGGAGAUGCUGAAUAAGGUAUUGAGUAAGUUGGGUGUGGGCUCGAGUUGGCGUUUUGUGGAUGUUUUGGGUCUGGAAGAUGAGUCUUUGUCAGGGGUGCCAUCACCCUGCUGUGCCAUGAUGCUGCUCUUCCCUUUAACGCAACAGCAUGAGGACUUUCGUUCCAAACAGUCUGUUGAAGAUACUAAACGUGUUUAUUUUCUGAAACAAACUGUGGUCAACUCCUGUGGAACUGUGGGAUUGGUACAUGCUGUGGCCAACAACCAGGACAGUAUUGAUUUUGACAACAACUCUACACUGAAGAAGUUUCUCAAAGCCACCUCCGAGAUGUCUGCUGCAGAAAGAGCCAAAGAACUUGAACAAAAUAAGGACAUCCAGGAAACUCAUGAUGCAGUUGCUAAUGAAGGAGAGUGUCGGCCAGAGGCAGACGAAGUCAACUUCCAUUUCAUUACAUUUGUCAAUGUAAAUGGUCAGCUUUAUGAGCUGGAUGGCAGAAUUGAUGGACCUGUGAGUCAUGGACCUACAAAACCAGAAAGCUUUGUCAUGGAUGCAGCAAGGGUGUGCCGUGAGUUUACUGAGCGGGAGAAAGGGGAGGUGCGUUUCUCUGCAGUGGCUCUCUGCAAGGCCUGAGAGGAAACGGACCACUAAGCUUGAACCAUGAGCAAAACCCUUCAACCACUUUACUAUACAGAGCACAGAAACCAAUCCUGUACCAUCCCUUCAUACAUGCUACACAAACUGCCUGUCUGACUGUGAAUUAAUGUAAUUUCCUAUUUAUUAUUUAGUUUUGUCUCUUGAAUCAAUCUACAACUAUGCUCUCUGUACACAUCAG